AUGAUUUUGAGCAGAUAUAAUGAUGAGAAUAUGAAGGAGCUUAAGGAUGAAGAAAUAACCGAAAAUAUUUACAUAGUAAUUAGUGGCAAUAAAAGUACGAGAACUGACGGACAGCCACCUUAUUGUAACGUAUGCGAAAAAGAUUUCAAAUCAUCCAUAAAAUACGCCAAACAUUCCAUAAAACAUUCUUUGGAUGGCAUAUUCAGUUGCCAUAUUUGCCACAUAACCGCAAAAAUGACAUUAGACCAAAUCGAAACACAUAUAAGAAUACAUGAAAAUAAACCAAAAUACACCUGCCAGUAUUGCCAAGCAAAAUUAUUUUCGAAAUAUUCAGCAAUCGAACACGAAAUAUGUCACUCCGGUAUAAAAGGCAGCAGCACCGUUUUUUGCGAGUUAUGCUCCAAAGGAUUUAUGUUUCUUUGUAGUUUACAGGCUCACGUUAAAAAAUCUCAUCCAGAUUGUGUUCUAAAAAUUAACAAAACAAUCAAUAAAAAAGAGACAUUACCGGAAGAACAUCUCCCGGUACCCAUAUUUCCUUCCUCCAGCAUUUUCUGUUAUAUUUGCAAAAAUACAUACAAGGAUAAUAUUAACUACGCUUUACAUUCGGUACAACAUAACGAAAACCGUAAAUUCAACUGUUAUCUUUGCGCUUUACAAUCUAAAAUGUCCGAUUCAGAAAUUGUAGAUCACAUUAAGAUGCAUCUCAACGCUACCGUUCACCGAUGUUCUGUUUGUGACAAAGGAUUUUCUAGGAAAAUCGAUGCCGUCGAACACGUUUAUUUUCAUAAAUCAUAUAAACCUUAUGAAUGUAAACUUUGUAAUACCAACUUUAUGUUUUCAAGAUGUUUAUUGAGUCAUCGCAAAAAUCAUCAUAACCUCACUAAUAAAUGGGUUAGAGGUUGCACAGCGUGCGAUUUUCACCAAUUAUGA